UCUUCACGUGUGAGGUCUCAACCAGAUUAAAAGAGUCAUUAUGUGUGUACCAGGCCUCAGGUUGGAGGUCUGAUGCCGACCUGUGAAACUGCUACAAUCAUCACAGCCUGAGCCUGAAGACAACAUGCUGCUCAGCUUUGUUCUCCUCUGUUUUCUGUCAGAGAGCAUAGUUAAAUCCACAGAUACUACAGAGAGGUCCACUGAGCUGAAUUCAACUACAAUCACAACAAAAGCAACCUCCACUGUAGAAAAUCUGCCUCCCCUGCAGGUGGUGGCCACACCAGAUUACCCAGUUGCAGCAGGUCAAAGAGUACACCUGCUCUGCAGCACUCCCAAUGUAACAGCUUUUGUCACUUGGUUUUGGAAGCACAAAGAAAACCAGACCUGGAGCGACGUGGGCAGUGAUAGGGAACUGCUCCUCACUGAACCGGAGCAAAGUGGUGUGUACCGCUGCUAUGCUAAGAAUCGGUUAUCUCAGAUCAGCGAGAGCCCAGAUCACACAGUCUAUAUUGUCUCAGUGCAAGCAACAGUGGAAGGAAAAUUAGGAUUAGCUGCCUUUGUCCUUUCUCUUGUGGGCUUGAUAAGCAUCAUCUCUGGUCUUAUCUGGAUGGGCUGCCAGAAACGGAGUGCCACACCGACUGUGUCAAGCACUCCAGUUAAAGGUGCUGCAGGACCUGCAGUAGCAUCAAAGGGAGGUUUCCCACAAGCUGAAAGUGAUGGAGAUGUGUACAUAAAUUACACAAGCACUAACCACGCUUACACCAAUCUCGAUCCCACCAAUGUUACUGGAGAAAAUUUGUACUCAACUCUGUCAUAAAUGACGAUCUUAGUGAAGGUAGAGAAGUGAAAUAAAAAACAGACUGAAAGAGUGUUUUGUUCAGAAGCAGACAAAGGUUAGGUACUUCUGUAUUUGCAUGUUGAGCUCUGUAUUUACUGAGAUCAUAGUUUUUGCUAAAGUAAAUGAAAAUGAUCUACUUUCAUAUCUUAUUCUUAACGUGAAUGACCAAAUAUGAUGUUCUGUGCUGUGAUGGUUGUAGGUGAAAUGUUUUCAUUAUCUUUUUCAGUCAGCAAGUAACUGUCUCUCUGCCAUCUUCUAGCUGAUUUGUAAGAAAAACGAAUAAAUAAUUACUGAACCACCACAAUAAAAGAAAUUGAACCCAAAAUUAUUUUAUUGAAAUAACAUGAAAAAGAAAAGAUAGAAAUCACACCGGUCUGAUGGCAAAGUUGCUUCACAAAAUGCUUAUUCUUUUACAACAACAAACAAGCUCAAAGUAAAUGUAAACAAAGUCUUUACAGCAUGUAGCAAAGAGCCGGAUAAUUACAUGGACUAGUUUUUGCUGUUGUAAUGAAUCAUAGGGAGAUUCUGCUGCAGGAGAUGUUGAAAUGUGAUGCUAGAGGGGAAAUUGAGCCUUUUAACUUCUGCUCCCUGGUGUCACAAUGCAGGAUAUAAUUCUGGUUAAAUCUUGUUUCUUCCUGUUAAGAAGAGUAGCCAAAAUUAAGCCGCUCCUCUUCUUGAAAAUUUUAAAAUCAGUUACCUCAGCACUGUUCUGUCUCAUCUGCAGAUAGUACAAAAUGCUGCAGCUAGACUCAUAACAGGAACAAAGAAAAGAGACGGCGUCACCCCCGUCCUCAUGUCUCUGCACUGGCUUCCAGUAAAAUAUCACAUUGAGUUUAAGAUUCUUUUAUAUGUUUUUAAGGCUCUAAAAUGUGCAGCGACCCAUUACAUUGUUGUUUUUCUCUAAUAGCUUUGAAGCUUUGGAACAGCCUUUUUAUUUCAGUUAAAGACUCGGCCUCCAUAAAUAUCUUCUAGGCUAAACUGAAAACUCUUUUUAGUUUUUUGAAGCUUUUGUUUUUAACCUUCAAACAAAAUACAUUUUAAUUUGUUUUAUAUUGUUAUUAUUUGUAUUUGCUUUUGCGGGUGUUUUGUUUUUUUGUCUUU